AUGGGUGACCAUGGGCAAACCUUAAAUGGUGAUCAUGGUGGCGGGAGUGCGGAAGAGGUGGAAACAAGCUUUUUCGCCAUGAGUUUUAAGGAGCCUCUUAAUUCUGUGCCACCAGAAUUUGAUAGUUACUCUUGUCAAACAGAUCUGGAUGGAAAGAAUGUGUGUAUCAGCUCUAUGCAACAGGUCAGGAAAUCUAUUCUGUUCUAA